AUGACUUUCCUUCCAAAGUGGCUAACUUUUCUAAAAGGCAAAGAGGUUGUUAUUGCCAAUGCAAUAAUUGCAAUAUUGACAAUUGGUGGGCAACAGCUUUUCUCUUUUUUCACAUUCAACUGUCCCUGUCAUGUUGGACAGAACCUUAUCUAUGGGCUGGCUUUCCUAGGAGUGCCUGCACUGAUCCUUCUGAUUGUUGGCUACGCCCUGAACAACCAGACUUGGAGGCUGGUUAUGGGCAAAAGGCCUCAUUUUGAGAGGGUGACCUCAUCAAACCAGUUGCUGAAAUGCAAGCUGGUCUGCUUUGUCUUGUGCAGCAUCACUGGGAGGGCGCUGGUUGCUCCAGUGACGUGGCUUGCAGUCACCCUGAUAAACGGCUCAUAUUAUAUCUGUGCUGUGAGCGAGUACGUCCCUGUGUAUUACUAUGAAGCUGCUCCCAAUGUCACUGCUAGUGAGCACAGUAGGAUACUGGCUGAAUUUCCCUGCAGUCAUCUGGUUCCUCCAGAGCUGACCCGGGCAAGAGAUGAAGUGAUUCUGCUCCUCCGAUACCAGUCACAAGUGGCUGGCUGGCUUCUGAUUGCUGUGGUAGUCAUCACUGUGUUCCUUUCUUACUGCCUGGCAAGCUGUUUCUCCCCGCUCAGCUUUCUGCAUUUCAGAUACUGGAGCAGCUAUGUCCACAACGAGCAGGAGCUCUUUGAUGAGGCAACGGAGCAGCACUCCAGGCUCUAUGCCAUGCAGAAUGUAAGGAAGUUCUUUGGCUUUGUCCCAGGAAGUGAGAAUGUGAAGGAAAUUCGUAUCCCAUCUCUCAAGGAGUGGCAGGCCAUUUCUGGACUGGCCUUUCUGAAGCGAGUGGAUGAGGAGCACUAUGAUUACAGCCUCCUCCAUGACUGGGCACUCAAGGAGCGUGCAAGUGGAAAGUAUUUGAGGAUUGAUGAAGACCCUGGGAUCAUAACACAGCUUUGAAGAUCCAAGCCUGCACAGUACUUUGCAGAAAAGCAGGAACCUGUCUAGCUCUAUAUCAUACUUGAACUGUGCUGGAACUUCCCAAUACAGUAUUACAUUGAUGUAUAAAUUAUGUGAGCAAGUGCAUCAAUGUAGUAAUGUAGUGAUUUAGAAACUCCUGACUGCCUUUACUGAUGGCAUUUUGACUCCUGUGAGAUGUGGUGAUCAAUGUCUAGAUUAGGGUUUAGGCUAUUUCAAGCUUCAGCGCUCUGCUUUCUAAUAGUUUUGCCGAAAGGACAAGUACAUGCUGAGAAAGUUAUUUACAAAUGCUGUUUUAUUUUUCUUUUCUUUCCAUAAAAAGGAUCUUUGAGGUGACCUUGAUUGGAUCCUAUGAAUUUGGUCCAUUCUGUAUAGACCAAGAGCAGGUAUCCAGCUUUUCCUUAGUGACACCUAGCAGAAAUUACUUAUUUCUCCUCUUCCACUAUUUUUUUGCAUAAUACAAGUAAUCUCCACUGAGCUAACUACUAGUUAAAUCUGGGGCUACAAUAGCAUGUAGGAACCAUAUGGGGAAUUUUACCAUCAAAAGUCUGAGUUUAGAUAUGAUGAGAGAACUUCCAAUUCUGAUAAAAUCCCCACUGAGGAACAUGGUGGAUGUGUGUAACACAUAGCAGCUGUAUGAACAAACACUUGAUAUAUGGCAAACUGUGUUGAAAUAUAUUCCGGAUGAAAGCAAUAGCAAGGGCAGUCUCCUAUUUGGAAAUACUUCAAAAUCUCCAAGGUGUGUGUGUGUGCUUGCCUACUGUACAAAUAGCAAAUGAGGAUGGGAACAGAAAUCUCACCCUGAGCAGUAGGGUUUGCUUUGCCUCUGUAAAC